AUGUACCAUCAACCUCUCAACGAAGAAACUUUAGCUAAUUCUGAUCUUGAGAUCCUGGAUAAUCCAUCUGACGUGGUCGAAGAGAAACGUCCCGCCCCAAUCACUAUCAUUCCCACGGACCAACGUGAAAUACUUGCCGGCCUCUGCAACUACAUCAUGUCGAUCAAUGAUGCUGGAUGUUUGGAGAAGGUAUGGGUCCGGAGCUCCACACCCGAUCCAAUGAGCUUAAGUCUUAAGAAACUUCAGUGCAUACUUAACAUGGAGCAGCCCAUGGACAAUGAUUGCUUCAACACCGCCGUGCUUAUGCUGGCAUGUGACGAGGGAGUAUUGUUCACAGACCCUCCUAUACACUACAUGGAUCUACGAUUUUGUUCCAUGCUGCUAGAGUCAACACGAGGUCAGAAAUUUUGUGAGAAGGAAACUAUCCAGACGUUGGCAACAUUAUUUGAUAGCUGGCCUGGGAUGGAGACCGACAUCUCAUCUUGCAAUAAGAUUUAUCUUCCCUAUGCAUCCAUCGGCCGAUACAUCCUGUACAUCAUCGACAAAGAGGCACGUCGUCUAUAUAUUAUGGAUCCUAUUCAAUCAUCACAAUCGUCAGAGGAUAAAAACUUGAGGCAUUCACUGAAAUUAAAAAGUUUUUCAAGGGAUUUCAAAGAAGCACUCGAAAUAAAGCUGCCUGGGUGGAAUUUUGAUAUAUCUAAAUGGCAUCGUUUAUUUCCGGCCGGUGUUCCAACGAGUAUAGACGGGAAUGUGUCUGGCUAUUUUGUUUUUCAUUUUAUGCUCUGGUGGAACGGUAAAGAAUUGGUCAAGCCGGUUUGCGCGGAUGGGUAUGAAUUGAGGAAGCAUUUUUUAUUAUACUUGCUAAAACAUCGCGGGAAUGAAGCUAGAGGAAACUUUCCUGAUAUUGUGAAAGAAUUUCUUAAGCGCAUCAUCUAG